GUUUCGUUAGUUUGAAAAAAAUUGCCGAAUUUGCCUUUAAUUAAUUUGGCUAAAAUAAAUAGAAUUAAGACGUAUUUAUAAGAAAAGAGUAAGCAAAAUGUCCCACACUGAUUGUGCUGUACGCGACUGUAAUUAUAAUAUUUUUAAUAAACCGCGAGGAGUGACUUUUCAUUCUUGUCCAAUCAGAAGUGACAUGAGAAACAAAUGGUUGCAGAUGUUGAAAACUAAAUGUACUGUUCUGGAUUGGAACAGAAGUAGAAUAUGUUCUAAACACUUUGAAACAAAAUAUUUCAAUAUCAAAGGAAAAUUGAAAGAUGAUGCUGUACCUACUUUAUUUUCUUCAGCUGCACACAAACAUCCUUUUAAACAAACUCAAGAGAGAGCCACAUCAUCAAGAACUAAUGUAGACAGAGUCCUAAAUAAAUUGACCCAAGCGGAGUUAAUGUCUGAUAUUAAGAAUAUAUUAAGCAAAAUGAAAGAACCUUCAAAUUUAGAAACCUAUAUGAAUGAUGACUACAAAAGCAAGACUGACACACCAACUGAAGCUCAGCUUUGGAUAUUAGUAAAAAAACAAGAUCAUUUAAAUACAAGACUGAUGGAACUAGUUGUUCAAAAUAAAAAACAUGUAGAAUUACUACAGAAAAACUUGGAAGAGGCUAGAUCAUCUAAAAAGGAAACAGAACAAAGUGUUGAAACUUACAAAUAUAUAAUUAAAUGCUUACAAGAGAAAUUAGCUACUCUUGAGGAACAGAUAGAUAUACUAACCACUGUUGAGUCAAGGUAAAAGAAAAGACUGUAUUGUAUUAUCUUAGAAUUUAAUAAAUUAUUACUUGUUUUUUAUUGAUUGCAUAAAUGCAUUUAUUCUAUUAAUUAAUUUAAAACUACAAUUUAUAAUCAGUCUUAAAUGUAUGAGAUUUGUCUGUAAUACAAAUUUUUUUUCGUGAUAAGACAUCCUAUAUUUUCUAAAUCUUACAAUAGAUAUGUUGAAUCUCAGAUAUGAGCUUCAUGAUUUCAUUUAAACCUCUCCAUGCUUAAAAAGAAAAAUAAAUGUUUGUGUCUACAUUU